AUGAGUAAAAAUCAAAAAACCCUUAAUGUAGCGGAAGGUUCGUUGCCGCAGCGGUCCGCAACUCCAAUGCAAAAAAUGUUUUCUGCUUUCAGUGGAUCUCUGAUAACUUCUCUCUUUACAACGCCCUUCGAUGUCGUUAAGGUUCGGCUUCAAGCUCAAGAUCUGCCCAUGUCAAACGUAAAGUUGCAUUCACCUCUUAUUACAUGUCGAGAAGUUCUUUUUGUGGCACGAAAUAUGCCGCAACAAUAUGUUUGUCUAUAUCCGCACGUAUCAAAUCAGACACCUACAUUAGGUUGUGUCACUGCAAACGCGGCAACAAAAAGUCGAUUUAAUGGAACAUGGGAUGUAGCUGUAAAAAUUGUUCGUAACGAAGGGAUCACAUCAUUAUGGAAGGGACUUUCGCCAACACUUGUAAUGUCCGUUCCUACAACAGUGAUAUAUUAUGUAGGAUAUGAUUAUUUGAGAGAUACGCUAUGGAAAUGGAAAUAUUCGGAAAACUAUUCUCCAAUGAUAGCCGGAUUUGUAGCUAGAACAAUCUCCGUGACUUUGGUGUCUCCAUUGGAAUUAUUCCGAACAAGGAUGCAAGGACCUGAGGGCAUUCAUGGUAUAAGAAAUGUCAUAGGUGGUGUGCAAAACUUGGUGAAGACAAAUGGAGUGUCAUCAUUAUGGCGCGGUUUAGAACCUUCUCUUUUGCGUGAUGUGCCUUUCUCCGCUCUUUACUGGACCGGCUAUGAAAUGAUAAAAAGAAAUUUAAACAACUACUUAAAGAACCAUAAUCUUGAAAGAAGAUUCAAUGAAUCAGAAGUUGCCUUCUUAUCUGGUGCCACGUCUGGAACGAUUUGCGCUAUCAUAACUCAACCUUUUGAUGUCGCAAAAACCGUCCGACAGGUCAAUGGGAAUCAAAUGAAAACUACAAAUAUGAUCACUAUGAUGAAAGAUAUAAUCCAGAAGGAAGGUUAUAGGGGGCUAUUUAAAGGUGGUUCGGUGCGAACAACCAAGAUUGCGAUAAGUUGUGCUCUCAUGAUAUCAACAUAUGAGAUGGCAACUAAUGUGAUUCCACCAAAAGGCGGUUUUAGUUUUGAUAAUUAUCAAAGGAACGUUGCUCUUGAACAAAAAGGCCUAGCAUUACCCAAAGCCAUAAAAACUGGAACAACAAUUGUCGGAUUAGUUUACAAGGAUGGCAUUGUUUUAGGUGCCGAUACGCGCGCAACAGAAGGACCAAUCGUGGCUGAUAAGAAUUGUGAGAAGAUUCACUAUCUUGCCCCGAACAUGUAUUGUUGUGGUGCCGGCACUGCCGCCGACACUGAAUACACAACUGCAUUAAUUAGUUCACAGUUAGAAUUGCAUCGAUUAACCACAGGAAGGCAAGCUCGUGUUGUAACCGCUAUGACAAUGUUAAAGCAAAUGCUUUUUAGAUACCAAGGUCACAUCGGUGCUCAUUUAAUAGUUGGUGGUUAUGAUGUAACCGGGCCCAAUUUGUUCACCGUACAUGCUUAUGGAAGCACUGAUAAGUUGCCGUACGUGACCAUGGGCAGUGGUUCGUUAGCGGCAAUCUCUAUAUUUGAGAGCAGAUGGACAAAAGACAUGGAGCGUCAAGAUGCUAUCGAUCUUGUUAAAGACGCCAUUGAGGCCGGUAUUUUCAACGAUUUGGGUUCUGGUUCUAAUGUGGAUGUCGUAGUACUUACUAAAGAAAAAACUGAAAUCCUGAGGAAUUAUGCUAAACCUAAUGAGCGUGCGCAGAAGGAACAAAGCUAUAAGUAUAAACGAGGAACCACAGCUUUCCUUAAAGAGUCUAUAAGGGAUUUGGUUAUCGUCACAGAGGGAGAGGCUAUGGACAUCUCGUAA